AUGGCUACCACGGCCACAGCCUCGCGUUCGCGCAGACCUUCAACAUCGGCCCCAGUAGCUGAACUCUCGGGUCCCAUUGGGCCUGCUGGCAUCACAAGACCCAAGCACAAGCGUACAAUUACAGGCUUCGGUGCAUCCGAUAUCAAGAGCGUCGAAGCUGAGAUUCCAGAUGAGCAAAAGACUGCAAACAUGUAUGGCAAUGGCCCAUCGCUGACAUGGUACCGAUCCAACGCUGACCCAAGCAGACUGCUUCAGGAUUCAAGAACAAGGAGGACUUUGAGCGCUGCUUACGGCGGAACAGCUUUGGCAUUUCGCGACCGCCUCAUCAUCGACUGGAACAAGACGCAGCAAAGUCAUACCUUCGCUGACCAGAAGCGUGUCUAUUNNGUAAGAUUACCAACUUUAGUUCUAUCGCAAUCACUGACAAGCAUAGAUCUUUCUCUCGAGUUUUUGAUGGGAAGAGCCUUGGACAAUGCCAUGCUCAACGUUGGCCUGAAGGAUGUAGCAAGAGAUCUCGGCUUCCGGAUGGAAGAUGUCAUUGGCAUCGAACGUGAUGCCGCUCUCGGUAACGGUGGUCUCGGUCGUCUAGCAGCUUGCUUCCUGGACAGUCUUGCCUCGCUCGACUACCCUGCCUGGGGUUACGGUCUAAGAUACAGAUACGGUAUCUUCAAGCAAGAGAUUAUCAAUGGAUACCAAGUCGAGGUGCCUGAUUACUGGCUCGACUUCAACCCCUGGGAGUUCCCCCGACACGACGUUACAGUCGACAUCCAAUUCUACGGCCAUGUCCGCAAGUACAACGAUGACAACGGAAGACAGGUAUCCGUCUGGGAGAAUGGCGAGAUAGUAACUGCCAACGCCUACGAUGUACCCAUCCCUGGUUACAACACGCCCACCACCAACAAUCUGCGUCUGUGGUCUAGCAAGGCUGCCAGCGGCGAGUUCGACUUCCAAAAGUUCAACUCUGGCGAGUAUGAGCAGUCGGUGCAUGAUCAGAUGAGAGCCGAGACCAUCUCUGCUGUGCUGUACCCCAAUGACAACCUUGACCGUGGUAAGGAGCUUCGUCUCAAGCAACAAUACUUCUGGUGCGCUGCUUCGCUCCACGAUAUCGUCCGUCGUUUCAAGAAGUCAAAGAAGGCCUGGAAGGAGUUCCCCAACCAGAUCGCUAUACAGCUCAACGACACGCACCCGACGCUUGCCAUUCCAGAGCUGCAACGCAUCCUGGUCGACAAUGAAGGUCUUGAUUGGGACACUGCUUGGAACAUUGUUGUCAACACGUUCGGCUACACCAACCACACCGUCAUGGCAGAGGCUCUUGAGAAAUGGUCCGUCCCAUUGAUCCAGCAUCUGCUUCCUCGCCACCUUGAGAUCAUCUACGAGAUCAACCUGCACUUCUUGCAGUACGUCGAGCGUACCUUCCCCAAGGACCGUGACAUGCUCUCUCGCGUUUCAAUCGUUGAGGAGUCCAACCCAAAGAUGAUCCGCAUGGCUUUCCUCGCCAUUGUCGGCUCUCACAAGGUCAACGGUGUCGCUGAACUGCACUCCGACCUGAUCAAGACAACCAUUUUCAAGGACUUUGUCAAGAUCUACGGUCAGGACAAGUUCACCAACGUCACCAAUGGUAUCACUCCUCGUCGUUGGCUGCACCAAGCCAAUCCUAAGCUGUCCGAGCUUAUUGCUUCCAAGCUUGGUGGCUAUGACUUCUUGAAGGACCUCACUCUACUGCACAAGAUUGAGGCAUAUGCCGAUGACAAGCAGUUCCGCAAGGCAUUCCAGGACAUCAAGUACGCCAACAAGUCCCGCCUCGCCAAAUACAUCAAGGAGACUACCGGCGUGUCAGUCAACCCCGCAGCCCUGUUCGACAUCCAGGUCAAGCGUAUCCACGAGUACAAGCGUCAGCAGCUCAACAUUUUCGGUGUCAUUCAUCGCUACUUGGCUCUCAAGGCUAUGUCACCAGAGGAGAGAAAGAAGAUGCAGCCCAGAGUCUCCAUCUUCGGUGGCAAGGCUGCUCCUGGUUAUUGGAUGGCCAAGUGCAUCAUUCAUCUUGUCAAUGAAGUCGGCAGAGUUGUCAACAAUGACCCCGAGAUCGGUGAUGCUCUGAAGGUCAUCUUCAUCGAGGAUUACAAUGUCUCAAAGUGUGAGAUUAUCGCACCUGCCUCUGAUAUCAGUGAGCACAUUUCUACUGCCGGCACAGAGGCUUCAGGUACUUCCAACAUGAAGUUCGUCCUCAACGGCGGUCUCAUCAUCGGUACAUGCGAUGGCGCCAACAUCGAAAUCACCAGAGAAAUUGGUGAGGAGAACAUCUUCCUGUUCGGUAACCUAGCCGAGGACGUCGAGGAUAUCCGCCACCAACACACCUAUGAAGGCGUUCUGAUUGAUGACGGUCUCCAANAGGUCUUCGAUGCCAUUCACGGUGGCAUGUUCGGCCACUCGGACGAGUUCUCUGCUCUGACAAACACCGUUGUCAACCACGACCACUGGUUGACCUCUGCCGACUUUGAAGCAUACUGCAAGACCCAUGACUCUAUUGACGAGGCAUUCAAGGACCAGGAGGCAUGGCUUCACAAGACUAUUCUCGCAGUUGCUCGCAUGGGCUUCUUCACCGCCGAUCGUUGUAUCGAGGAGUAUGCCGAGAUGAUCUGGAACGUCGAGCCUCAANAGAUCAAGCAGAAUGGCGCGUAA